GACCACACACACCGCUCUUCAUCUACCGCUUCGAUAGCUGCCCCCGUUCGCUCACUGUCUCGACGGAAGCCUCAGCGGCCAUGGCCACCAGAUGCCUCGUCUCCGCGCCUCCCCCGUCCCUCCGGCGCCCCGGCGCCCCACUCCCAGAGCGCCUUUGCCCUCCGAGCCUCACGCUUCGAGGUCCUGCAGCGGGUUUCGCGAAGAGCCGGCUCGUGACGCGAUGCUCCGUUGACGGCACGGUGACGACGGAAGUUGAUGUUCCUAUCGAGAAGAGGUUUCCGCCUUUUCCCGCCGUCAUGGACAUAAAUCAGAUCCGAAAUAUCUUGCCUCAUCGGUUUCCAUUUCUAUUGGUUGAUAGAAUAAUCGAAUACACACCCGGAGUUACAGCUGUUGGGAUUAAGAAUGUCACCAUCAACGAUAAUUUCUUCCCUGGACACUUCCCCGAGCGCCCGAUAAUGCCUGGUGUUCUCAUGAUCGAGGCAAUGGCCCAGGUUGGAGGCUUUGUCGUGUUGCAGCCUGAAGUGGGUGGCUCUCGUGAAAAUUUCUUCUUUGCUGGAAUUGACAAAGUGAGAUUCAGGAAGCCUGUGAUUGCAGGGGACACCUUGGUCAUGAGAAUGACCCUGGUCAAGUUGCAAAAACGCUUCGGAGUCGCAAAAAUGGAAGGGAAGGCCUACGUCGGUGGUGAAGUAGUAUGCGAGGGUGAAUUCUUAAUGGCUACGGGUUCUGGAAGCGAGUGAUUCCUGGCACAAACAGAUUUCCUGGCCCAUCUUUGCCAAGAUGAGAGGAUGAGGAUAAGUCAAUUCUGUUUUUCUUUCUUCCAGCUGUUUCAUUUAAAGCUGCUUCAUAAUUAGCUCGUGUAGCACCUGCGGUUUUUGAGAAUUUCCUUUUUUCUGAAACAAUCUGAUAAGUGGAGACUGGAGAGUUCAGGGACUGCAACAAUUGCUGUAGAAACUUCUUCACAUAUAAAUUCGAUCUGCAUCACCUGUUUGGUUGACUGUUGUUGAUUAA